CCUAACCUAACUUAACCAUAGAUUUAUAGAAAAUAAAAUAACGAGUAAUUUACUAUGAUCGAUUCAAGAACAGCUACACGAAAGGAAAAAUAUUUGUAUCAUAAUACAUUGUGUACACUGGUUAAGGCUGUAGAGAACACGAUAACCACAAUCGAUUUACGAAACGAAAGUUGUGCUAUUGGUAAAGUGGUUGCUGCUGAUGCAUACAUGAAUCUUGAAUUGGAAAAUGCAACAUAUUACGAUCCCAGAGGUGAAAAACACUUUUUUGAGCACUUUUGGAUUCAAUCUCGAAAUAUACGGUACAUCCAUAUGCCACCUGGCAAAACAUGCAAAGAACAACUGGAACUUCAAAUAAAUCUGUUACAAAAUGCCAAGAGAGUCACGUCGAAGAAGAAACGAACGUUUAAGAUACAAAGAGCCCAACGCUACCAAAAACAGAUUGAAAAAGAAAUUUCAUCUAAAGAUAGUGAAACCUAAAUCAACGUUUAAUAUUUAUUGGAUUAAAUAUUUUACGAUAAGUUGAUGAAAAGAAAUUAAGUAAAGGCAACGACAAACCACAUACAUAAAUGUGGAACAAAGAAAAUAAAUCAUCUCAGUCAUUCGUUUUUAAAGUUACAUUCAUUAAAUAAUUUGACAAAACAUAUAUUAUAUAUUAUUUUAAUAAAUCUUAUCCAUUAA